AUGACCACUUACAAUGUCCUCGGAGAAAUAACGGCGUUUGAUGAGAAGGAGACCGUCAUUUCGCAUCAGUAUGCAAGAAUUAGGAAGAUAGAGAAUGUCGAAAAGUGCAAAAAUUUGAAGGUGGGUCUGUACGCAAUCACCGGGACCCUGCAGCUGAUCUCCAACUGCAUCGAAAAAAUCGAAAAUUUGGAAAACAAUUUGGAGUUGGAACAUCUAGAACUAUACGAAAAUUCGAUUAAAAAAAUAGAAAACAUUUGCAUGCUCACAAAUUUGAAAGUACUCGACCUCUCCUUCAACAAAAUUCGCAUCAUUGAGAACAUCGACACGCUGGUAAACCUGGAGGAGCUGUACCUGUCAAGCAACAAAAUCGCAAAGAUCGAAAAUCUCCAAAAUUGCAAAAAACUGAGACUGCUAGAAUUAGGGUACAAUAAAAUCAGAAGAAUUGAAAAUUUGGAAAGCCUAACAAACUUGGAAGAGCUAUGGUUGGGAAAAAACAAAAUAGAAGAGCUGAAUCUCCCAAGAUUUCCAAAAUUAAAGAAGCUAAGCUUACAACACAAUCGAUUAACCAAUUGGUCCGUUGAGGCCAUUAAAAACAUACCACAAAUCACCGAACUUUAUCUCAGUUACAAUAAAUUAAGUACCAUCAUAGAAAACAUAAAAGAGUUGGAGCACCUGAAGGUAUUCGAUCUGUCCUACAACGAAAUCAGAAAUAUAUUAAUCUGUUCAGAGUUAAAAUCUCUGGAAGAGUUGUGGUUAAACAAUAAUAACAUCGGUGAUAUCGAUAUGGUUAAAAAUUUGAGUGAAAAUCAGAAUUUAAAAACGCUUUAUUUGGAAAAGAACGAAAUUCAGGAUAAGCUCAAGGAAGACUACAGGACUCAAAUAAUUUCCAUCCUUCCCCAGUUGAAGCAGCUUGACGCUCUGCUCAUUUCCCCGAUAAAGGUGUCCUGUGGCCAAGGCACCGCAGGAAAAACGCAGUGA